AUGACUCCGCCAUUAUUUAGUCCAGAGCGAGAAGGUACCAGCAAGAUGCAAAGUAGCGCUGGUUCAACACAGACAGGUGUUUGGUUCAACCAUGUCGACUCCUCAGUUCCGAAGACGUGUCCUAUACCCCAUCCACCUCUCAACCUCGAUCCCAGUUUACAAACACUACUUCGGGAUAUCGACAUCUCAAUAAAGAGUGCCAAAAAACACGGCCAACUUAAACACAGAGAGCUAGAGAUUGUUACAGAAAGCUCAACAUCCUUUUCGAACCAUUUGGCUAUCGAGGAGUGGGCGCCAUUGGAGACAUCAGACGAGCUUGAGGAAGUGGAACGCGAGGACCGCAAGUCGCCUGCAGCUGCGUUUGGGUCGAACAGCGUUGGCUCUGUCAUCCUUCCAAUAGAGCUGCAGUCGUCAAUAAAUAUAUUACUAUCUGAAAGUGACAAGUCCAUGUUACGCAGUGAUGUCAAACGACUAUUCCACCACACUGAAGGCACGGAGCAAUCCGAGUGGGACACCGCCUAUGACAAGGAAUACCGUUCGAGAAAACAAGCAUCCCGGCAUGCGCUCCGAGAUGGAACUGCUUUCGCGACUGUUGCACUUCCAGCUCACUACUCGGCCAUCACUUCUGUUUUGCAUCACGUCAAACUGCGAAUGGAGCCAGGAUGGGAGAUAGAACAAGUUAUGGAUUGGGGCGCAGGAACGGGUAGCGGCCUUUGGGCGUCUCUUUAUUCAUUCCAACAACCUAGCAGUUCAGACAAUGUUCACGAUAAAACUGCUAUGACUUCGAAAAUUACAUCCUAUGUUGCUAUCGACAAACGUGAUGGAUUAGUCGCCAUUGGGAAGAAGCUUGUCGACAGCACACCCACCGGUGCUCUUAAAUUGCAAUGGCAGCGUACUUUCAGAGAGGAAAACAUUCUACUGCAGGAAGAUGGACCAAAAGCGAUGGCUUUAUCCGCAUUCAUGCUGACAACAUUGCCAACGUCAGUAGCACAGAAAAAUUUGGUCAAAGAAAUGUGGGAUAGCGGGGCUCACACUAUAGUUCUUAUCGACCAUAACACGCCGGAAGGGUUCAGAGCCAUUGCACAUGCCCGAGAAUACAUCCUGGAACUAGGUCAAGCAGAAUUAGAAGACGCUGAGCUUGCUACAGAACAUCUGUGUGGGUCGCACGUCCUUGCCCCUUGUCCCCAUGAUGGGGCAUGCCCUUUGCUGCGCUCCGGUGGACAUCCUCUCAUCUGUGGAUUUUCUCAACGGAUCCAACGUCCAUCUUUUGUCCAAAAGACGAAGCAAUCCAAAGUUGGGCAUGAAGAUGUCGAAUAUUCCUAUGUUGUGAUCCAAAGAGGUGCACGCCCAGGCCCCGUCGGGACAAGUGUUGGAAGAAUUGGCGGCAUCGGUCGGAGACAAUUUGCAAAAGAGACCCUUGCAGCUCCGAUGAAAGAGUUAAAGCUUCAUGACGAGGGCGAACCUGUUUCUGCGUCUUCUUCCUCAACAGAAGCGACAGAACUCGUACACACUCCUGGCGAGUUGUCGGAAGAGGAGCUGCAAAAGCGACUCCGACAAGAGGCUUACCAGUGGCCCAGGCUGGUUUUCCCUCCGUUGAAAAAGAGCGGGCAUAUCAUUUUGGAUAGUUGUACAUCGGAAGGUAAAACAUCCCGAUUCGACUUUGAAGUAUACGCUAACCUAGAGACAGGGAAAAUUAUGCGUUUGACGAUACCCAAGUCACAGGGGAAACAACCCUAUUAUGAUGCAAGAAAGUCCAGUUGGGGAGACAUCUUCCCUCACCCUCCGAAAAACCCGCCGCUUGAGCGAUAUCAGCCAAGUGUCGAGAGGAAAGGUGGUGCACCGAGCGCUGGAGGGGAUAUCGGCAAACGAAAAGGCCGAUUCAAGAAUCGAGAUAGGCCCAGCUACACGGUAGUCGCCGAAUCUCUCCGAGAAAAAAGGAAGAUGUCCAAGCGAGACUAUCAACGACACCGCGGAGAGAAGGUGUGGACCGAUUAA